AAGGAGAGGCUGAGGGUUGGAGGUGAAAGGCUGCUGUGUGUAGCUGGAGCGUCCCCAGUCCCCGGACUCUGACUAUGCUGCUGCCCCUAUACCGACUCGGCAGUGUGAGUGUCACCGUGCUGACUGCUGCUGCUCGCAGGCUCGGUUCACUAUCCGCUCAGUUUGGAACUGCUGUUAGAAGGUCUGAAACCAUUAUUCAGGCAAACAUGAAGGUUGAAUUGUUGCCAGCUCUGGCCGAUAACUAUAUGUAUCUCCUCAUCGAUAAUGAAACCAGAGAAGCAGCAAUUGUGGAUCCAGUGGAACCACAGAAGGUGGUUGAAGCAGUAAAAAAACAUGGAGUAAAGCUGACUACGGUUCUUACCACCCAUCACCACUGGGACCAUGCUGGUGGUAACGCAGAACUGGUGAAGAAGGUGCCCGGUCUCCAGGUAUACGGUGGUGAUGACCGGGUUGGAGCUCUCACUUGCAAAGUGAGCCACAAGAAAACAUUACAGGUUGGCUCUUUGAAUGUGAAAUGCCUCUUUACACCCUGUCAUACAUCAGGACAUAUCUGCUACUUUGUGACAAAAGAGAAUAGCAGUGAAGCACCAGCUGUGUUCACUGGUGACACACUAUUUGUUGCUGGAUGUGGCAAAUUCUUUGAAGGAUCCGGUGAGGAAAUGUACCGAGCACUGAUUGACAUUCUUGGCAGCCUGCCAUCUGAAACAAGGGUGUACUGUGGACAUGAGUAUACCAUCAACAAUCUCAAAUUUGCCCGUCAUGUUGAACCAAACAAUGAAGCAAUCAGACAGAAAUUAGCUUGGGCAAAGGAGCACUAUGAUCUUGGAAAACCCACCAUCCCAUCCACUAUUGGGGAGGAGUUCAGUUAUAACCCUUUCAUGCGAGUGAGGGAGAAGAGUGUACAAGGCCAUGUUGGACAGAAAGAUCCAAUUUCGACCAUGGAUGCAAUCAGAAAAGAAAAAGAUCAAUUUCAAGUACCAAAGGAUUAAUUGCAUCUGUACAAAUACUUAGCCCCAGCACAGUCUUCAAUACAGCACCUUCUGGUGUGCCUGGGGUGGCAGUGAGCUACAAAAUACAUGUUAAGUAGUGAAUGUUCUGUUAAAUAUAUUAAAUUUGCUUUGCAGUUGGAAUUUGUAAAAUGUAUAUAGGUUUUCUUAUUGGCAAUCAUAAAUGAUUGUGACACAUGUUCUGAAGUGUAAGGGACUUUAGUCCUAUUGAAACCUGUUUUCGUCCAGAUUAUUUUUUUCAUUAAACCACGUCCUGUUCACUUCAAUGCACUUCUGGUCUCUGUUGGUAUCGAGCCAGAAGAUUGCAAUUUGAAACCCCAAUGUCAACUUGUCAAUUAGACUUGGCAAUCAUGUACUAUUGAGUGAUAAGCACCAAACAUUUUCAAAGAUUCUCAUUCCCAGGUUUGGAAAACAAAGUGUAAGACUGUAGAUUGACCCAUUCGAAUCCAUAAUGAUGGAGACAUUUUGAAAGUGGCUAUAGCCACGUAUCUCCUCUAUUCUUCUGGCAAAAGAGGGAUAGAGUGGACUUAACAAGUAGUGGUGCUGCCCGUUCCUCCACUGUAAAUGCCAUCUGACUGUCAGCUCUCCAGUCCUAGCAGCGCCACUGGGUAUGGUGGCCACUGCUGGGACUGCAUGCACUCCCAGCAAAGCAGAGCCAAAAACUAGAUGGAAGGUGAGACUGGUGGGACCUCGCCCAUCUCUGCAACUGCGGCAAGGUCAGAUGUGGUUGGGUAGUGAUGGGAAAGUCAUCCUCAGAAAUUUAUGGCAUACCCUCCUGCAAAGUGCCAAGGUUGGAGCUGUAAAAUUCUGUUUAAAAGCUCAUGAUAAUUGAAUUUGGUCACUCUAGUUCCAAGACAUACAAUUUUGACGUUGAGGUGUUUAUUUCAGCAGACUCCCAUUUUUCUCACUGUCAUACCAUCCCAAUUUAUUCAUUUCUGAAUUUUGAAAAUUGUGAUUAGAAAUUGAGAUUAGAAAAUUCGCGUUUAGUUUUAUGGUGGUUUGAAUGGGAGAGAAUUAAUUGUAAUUUAAGUAGUAAAUAAUAUAUUUUGCUUUUAUUUACGCACAUUAAUGGGUAGAAUUAACUGUCCAUUCAGAAACUUUCUAUCUGAAGAAUCAAAACUGAAAUCAUUAAAUGGAUUGCACCUUGUCAACAUGUAGUUGGAAAAACUGCAUGAACACUAGUUUAUUUCCCUCUUCUUGCUAAAACAUUAGGACUGCCCUAAUACACCUGUAUCUGGCCGUAUGAUAUAAGCAUUUCUGCUAUUUUAUAGACCACCUUUAAUCUUGGCUUCCUUCCUUGCUUUAAUUGUUUAUGUAAAAUCAAGAGCUCUGAAGGUCUUUUAAGAAUCUGAAAAUGCACUCUGAAAGCCACAAUAAAAAUGUGGUAAUUUGUCUAGAAGCUAAGGCUAAACUAGAUAACAAUGUAUUGAUUUAGGAUUUUAGCCAAAAUUAAUUGCUGUGUUGUGGAUUGGUUCCCUGCGGAGUUAUAUCUAACAUGAUUGAAUUUAUCCAUAUUACACCUUGCUUAAUAGUCCACCACCUUCCAACUCAACAUAGAUGCGUGUGUAGGCAGUCAAUAAUUAGCUUUUCUCAGCUCUCUCAAAAGCGUUCAAAAUGUGUCACUAUCUGUGCAAUAUGUUGAUUUAAAAUUAUUCCAGCUUUUCUGUUUAAAAUUAGAUUGGGAAGAAUUGCUUUUGUGGUCUGAUGCCUUCUCCUUGACUUCCUUUUAAUGGGAUCUCUUCUACUACUAAGCUUCUGUAUUGAUACUAUAUAAUCUGCUGAUUGUGCUUUUGCUUUCAGUAGCAUUCUUGGAAUUGGAGUAUUAAUUUCACUGUUAACCAUAAAAUACAUUGAUAAAGCAAAAUGCAUUC